AUGUCUUGCGCUGUCUCAGCUGUUAGCGCAUACUUUCGUCGCUACAGUAAGAAGGAAUGGAUGGACUACUUCUGCUCAACACAUUUCUGGGGACCUGUAGCUAACUGGGGUCUACCACUUGCUGCAAUAGCUGAUUUGAAAAAAAAUCCUGACCUGAUUUCUGGCAACAUGACGACCGCUCUAUGUCUUUAUUCCUCGGUAUUCAUGCGAUUCGCGUGGCAUGUUCAGCCGAGAAAUCUACUGCUUUUUGCUUGCCAUUGCACCAAUUUGUCGGCACAAUCAGUACAGCUUUCUCGCUACUUGAACCACAACUUCCUUCAUAUCAUCGAGGAUCCCGUAGUCAAGAGCGAGCGAAUGGCUGGAGAAGCUGCCAAACUACAUAUCAAACGCUAA